CGGCGGAUCAGAGCGCCUUUCACAAGCAGGCCUCGAUCGAGCUUUAGCUGCGUGCGCUUUGUGAGUGCGCUCGAUUUGUCAAGGUGAGCGUAGCGAAGCGGGUCGUCGCGCCGGACGCCGCGUUAAUUCGUGCUCGCGGCGUGAACAAGCUCGUCGACGGCGCGCGGGCGCGCGUGUGCCGAUCCGAUAUUCGGAGUAACUACCAAGAGGAGCCAAGCGGAACGACGUACGGAGGGAGAACGGCGGCGACAAGGACGACGACGACGACGACGACGAAAACGACGACGAGGAGGAGGUGGUGGCGGCGGAGGAGUACGCGCGGCCGUUGGUCUUGUGGCAAUGUAGCGAGCAUCGAAGACCGCUGGGUGUCCGGCGGGACUGUUCGCGCGUCCUGUGGCCGCGGCGAGUCGUCUCCGGAUCAUCGUGGGCUGAGGAAGUCGACGUAGGAGCUCCAGGCUCCAGCGCGCUCAGGCGAGAGCUCGUGCGAGCGAGCGAGCGUGUUUCACGAGCUGCUUGCCGACUUGCGCCGGCCGCACUGGGGACGAGCAAGACGGCGACAACGACGAACCACGACGAAGAGCCUCGCGCCACGAUCAUCGCUGUCGACGAUAAGUGCUCGUGAAUAAGCAGCUCGUCACGAUGGCAUCGCAGAACCAAAGCGCUGUUAACGUCACCGCUUCGCCCGGCACCGCGGCGGCGAACGGACCACCGUCGUCGGCACCGAUGCUGGGCUCCACCGUCCUCGCCACUGCUGCCGUGAUCUCGGCCGCCAAGGCGCAGACCCUCGCCGCUACCGCCGCUCCUGCUCCGACUUCGCCGUCGCCGUCUCAACAGCAGCAGGCGAAUAACAUUGAGCCACUAGACAAGAGUUCCUCCAAUACUCUCAAGCGCAAUCCAAAGAUGGAGUUGAGCAAAACUGAUUUGCUGAAGUUACUGGGGUACUUAGAGGGAGAGCUCCAAGCAAGAGACAUUGUGAUAGCUGCAUUAAAAUCAGAAAAAAUGAAACAUCUUCUGAGUUCCCGAUAUCUCAGUGGAACUGCAGAUCCGCACGCAGCGCUAGCUCGCGAUGUUGCGAUAGUGGGCGGCGUUAGCGGGGUCGAAGGGAAUCAAAUUGAUCAAAAGGUCGCUAGUCUAGAGGCACUAGUGAGCAAGCAAAGAAUUGCGCAGUGUAGGAUGUCCAAAGUUCUUAGAGACGCUGAGAUUAGGCACAGAGCGGUAAUUAAAGAAUUGGAAGAAGAGAAACGAAAACACGAGCACGAUACCGCCCAAGGUGAUGACAUCACUUACGGUCUCGAGAAAGAGAGAACAAGAUUGAAGAAGGAAUUGGAGCUAGAGAAACAAGAGAAAAAGAAAUUAGAGCUCGAAUUAAAGAAGGCUAACGAUCACCUCGAAGAGGAAAAGAAUCGACAGAAGCAGAUAGUGCUUCUACUUUUGGCGGAACGUAAAAAAAUCAUAAUGAAGUACAUCGAAGAGAGAAAACGAUCUGAGGAUUUGGCUCAGAUACUCAGCGAGGAGAAAGUUAGGAUAGACUCGAUGGCCGAGGGCCUCGAGGAAGAGAGCAAGAAGUCAUUGCAGAUGGAAGCAGAGUUGGAAAAGCAAUUAGCGCAAUUUGACAUGGAGAGGCAGCAGUACCGGCAGGCUCUCGUGAAAGAGGAAAAGAGGGCGAAGGACUUUGAGACGGAAUUAGAAAAAUUACGAGUCGAGAUGGACACGUGGAAAGAGUCGCAGGCUCGAGGUCCUGCGAGGGGUGUCGGUGUAACUCCGCCGCCGCCACCUGCAAAACCAGCGAAUCUGGUCGCUAUGCCAACACUUAGGCCAGCUAGUGCUCCGCAAACAAUAAAAGGAGCAGUCUUGGGUACAGGGACUCCUAUGGUUAGUAGUAAAGUUGUUCAACCCACUGCCACAGUGUCCAGUGUUCCUGUUAGUGGACCAACAACUGGAAUUGCUAGAUCAGUAACACCUGGACAGGCACUACGUGGGGUUGCGUAUACACCGAAUUUAACAUCUGCGAGCGGGGAGCCUACAGCUACUCCGGACACGCAGGCCGUAGACAAGCGACCGGUCGUACCUGCUCCUGUUAAUACUGCGACCGCCGCGGCUAAGCUUAUAACGUCGUCGCAAGCCGCAGGGAAGCUCGGCUUUCACGUUGGCCCCGGCAGUCCCGCCGUUCAAGCACCGAGUACCGUCACCACCACCGCCGCCGCCGCCUCCACCGCUGCUGGUAUACUGCCGGCGAAAAAGCCGCCGAUCUCGCGCGGCGUGCCGCCCCCGGUACCACCGAAUAAGCCAGUGGUACCGCCGAAAAAGGAGGCCGCUUACCUCAGAAGACCGGAACUGUCGCAAAGCACACAGCAGGAUAAUACCGUUAAGUUCGGCAAGCAGGCCUCGUCGCACGCCACGGCGGCGAGCGGGACCGCCGCGCAGGCCUCGCAGGCGCAGCAACCGAGCGCCGUCGCCCAGGCUGCCGACGAAGAGGUCAGUAGCACGACAGGCUCGAGAUAAAUACUUAAGGCUUAGCCGCUCAAUGAUCGUUACGCAUUCGCGUUGGAUAAGCGCGCUCGUCCGCGAGAGAAACGCGCGAAACGGCCGGUGUAGAUGCUACAUUCAUAUACACACUUACGCAAGCAUACACACAUACGCAUACACGCACACACACAUACACACACACAUACACACACAGACGCCAAGCACACACGCGAUAUGAUAGCGUAUGUUCAACCGGAGCAUAUGUGUGAAUGUGAUUUCAGACAAAGCCGCGUUGAUCUAGCGCGGCGAGAGCGAAAGAGAAAGAGAGAGAAAGAAAAGCGAGAGGGUGAAAGCGUGCACACAGAUAUGUCGACGUACAUACACACACACACACACACACACAUCGAGGUGUGUGCAUGAUAGAAGAGGAUACGAAGAGGGAAAGAGAAACACGCUAGCAAGCUAAUAUAAGAUGGACCGCGCGGCGUAGGAGAUUCCGUCUCGCGGAGAAGACCUUGUCCGAGAUCCAGGAGAGUCAAGAAAAAGAGAGAGAAAGGAACAAGAGGAGUGAGGCGCUUCGUGACACACUCGUUGGAAAUACGUUGAAGUCGACGGACGAAAUCGAGGGAAGAACAGUCGCGUGUGCGCGCUCACACGACUAGAUCUCACGGCUGCGGUCCGCUCGCAUUCUCCGGAAACGGGGUUCCGUUCGUUCCAACGGAACAACGGCUAGCAUCCGUUAAGCUAAGCGCUAGAGCGGAACUAGAGUUAUUCUUCGGAUACAUAAGGUAGCCUUCGUAGGUUCCUAAGUAGUUUACUUUGUACCGGCUCGUCUCGGACGGCCGAGUUUCGUAGGGCGCCUCGACGACCUCGUACACGAGAAAUCGCUUGUGCGAGCGCGAGCUGGUUGCAUCAGCGUGUACUUCAACACCAAGCACUCCUUCUGGUCGAUUAAGUUUUCUUUCCCGUUCGAGGAGCGCGUACACACACACACACACACACACACACAUACAUUAUGUAUAUUGAUUCUCCGGUGAAUUUCGGACGUCUUUUCUCUGGAUCGUCUCUGCGGAGACAUUUCUUUCUUGUAUAUAUUUUUAUAUAUUUGUAAAUUUGUAUGUGUACAUACAUUAUCGGGAGGGAUAGCAGUAUCCCUCAGUAGGGUAUUUUUUCUUCGACCACUUCGCCGGUAGUCAUGUUAUUAUAUACCGGGUGGCAUGUAACCAUGUGUAGCGCCAGAUCGGAUUUGCGUUUCCGCGGUCGACUUCGCGUGCUCGCGCGCGCGGAUUUCCGGAUCCUCAUCUGAUAACCGGAUUUCAGCGCUGUGUCCCUCGCGCGUUGCGUGUCUCGUCGUGACCGUUGUGACGGAUGGAACUCGGAAUCCGAGAAGGCGCGGCGCGGUGUGUGUCAAAGUCUCUGAAGCAGAUUCAAUUAGAGCAGACGGUCGAUGCAACUCGGCUUGAAGCGGGAAACUUAGAAGAAGCUAUCGCGUGCUAUAAUCACUGCCUCGUCUCGCAUAAUUUCGUAAAAGUCGGUACAAACUUAUAGAGCUGUGUCCCGGGAGGAAGAUAUUUUGCGUAUACACACACCGGGUCGCCGACGAGUCAGUCGCGGUCGUCGCAUUGUCCCUCCCGAGAGAACGCGGUAUUUAUUUUCCGUCUCGUCUAAGCUUCGCUGAAACCUCCUUUGACGAAGAUCUAUCUCCGCGGACAAGCGGGAAAGUAGAAAGAACGAACAGAUCGGUGUUUUGUACUCCACUCGUUUAAAACCGUCGACGAACCGUCGAGCGAAGAAGCAAGCGGCUGGUUAGCAAAGCGUGCGCGCGGCGAUUGCAUUUACAGUGCCGGGCGGUCGCGGAGACGAACCUUCCUUCUCUUCGCAGAUUUUCACCGUCCUUAAUUUAGAGAGCACGAUCGAGAUCGGUCGCUUAUAGAUCACGAGGACGCUUUAGAGGAACACUCGCCAUUCGUACCGGUUGAACGGUUCGUCUCACGACCGCAGUUCGCCCGUUCGAUCGCGACAGAUACCCUGUGUAGCAGUUACGAGUCCUCGUAACUGUCUCGAAUAGCUUCCGCUUCUUCCUUAUUCUGUAUGGAAAAGAGAAGAAGGAGAAGCGGAAGUCACAGGCGACUUCGUGUCACGUUUUACCGAUCGCACUCGCGAAAUAUUCAUCCGCGAAGAAGAUGUAGGCAGCCGACAACUGCACACACACACACACACACACACACCUACAUGCAAAGCACACACACACACACACACAGUAGGUCCUAUAAUCUUAGGAGAUAUCCCUCUAACCCGGGCGUCACGAUAUGCGUUGUCGCCGAAAUUACGAAAGAGCAUCCUGGCAUUGCGAAGUCUUCCAGUGUGUUUUAGUUCACGCGCGUAUUUCUUAGUGUUUAAGUUCGCGGUUUCUCCGAUCGCGUUACGACCCCGUCGCAAUCCCGUGGCGGCGCAACACCCUCGUAUGUAACUACAUAGGAAACACAAGAAAUCACUCUGUCGGUCGUCAUUGCGACAACACACAAGCGGAAACUGCUCUGGGACCAGGACCAAGGGAGUUACAGCCUGUAACACUGAGGAUAUAGAAAAAACAAAAACAUGCUCGCAAUAAUGACUAUUAUUACUGCUACUACUGCUACUAUUACCAUUACUAUUACUACUACUACUACUGCUACUACUACUACUACUACUGCAAAACAGCAGCAAGCAGAGCAGCAACAAAAAACAGUAACAAUAACAAUAAUGUAUUAUAAUAGUGAAAUAACGAAUAAUAACGUUGUAAAACAAUAAUCAGAGAUUAUGCGAUGCCGCGUCGGUUGGCGAUCACGACGACGCCGGUGUCGUCGAUCAAGUGGAAUAAGCUAAAUGGUAACGCGACGCUGACACAAUUGCGUAACACUGCGUAGCAUUAGCGGCAACGACAACGGCAGCGGCGGCGGUGUAGCUGUAACAGCCGGACCGAGAUGAUUAACGAUGUUAGUAUUAGAGAAGUUAACGGUAGAAAGUAGCUCUAACGACUAUGAUAAUAAUAAUAAUAAUGAAUGAUAGAUGUGCUUCUCGCGCCGACUAAGGGAGAGAAAUGAAAGAGAUUUUUUGCACCGAGAGAGAAGCGAUUCUGCGUGACUGUCGGUGACGUUUCGUGACGGGAGAAGGCGACUCUUCGUCGGAGAUCUCAGUAUCGCGCGCAUAUCUCGUUGCGUGCGAGCUCGUUGUCUAAGUCAAGAUUAUAAUCACCGCGGUGAUUCGUCCGAGUUAGACUGUGGAUGUAUAUUUAAGGAUACCACUCUCCGCGAUAGCGGCUGUCGAUUGCGAGCGAGAGAGCUGUUCCAGACUUAGAACCGAGAAAUGGCUCUUGAGGUGCGUCGUCUACGCGAGAAUUGUUAUUCUCCGAGGGCGACUUUUGUUACACACACACACACACACACACACACACACAUACACACACACACUCAGACAUCCACGUACACGUCUCACAUUCACAACACGUACAGGUCGUGCUAUACAUGCAAAAAUUUAUACAUAUAUAUAUAUAUAUAUAUAUAGAAAGUUAUAUAAAGAAAUGUUUAAGAAAGUUCAGCAAAGUACAUCCGAGGUCUAUACUCUGAUCGCGCGUUUAGCGUCAAGCAUAAUCAUUCGGUUUCCCACUUUGUUCGUCUCGCGCACGAAAAUUGGAAAUUCAAUAUCAACGGCCGCGUUUAACGCUGGACGCGCGAACAUCCAGAAGACGCACCUCUCCGACUCUCGAAGGCCGCUGUGUUCUCGCGUAGCAUCCAUCGCACAAAGUUUCCGCUUUCCGCGUGCCGAUGUGUGUGUGCGUGUAUGUGCGUGUAUGUGCCUGUGACUGAGAGACGUUAGCGGCUAAUUAAUAAUUAACAGCUCGGGAGAGUCCGAGAGACGAUCCGCGAGCGAAUUGUGAGUGCGAUUCUCUCGAUUAGACUUUCAGCACAUACACAUACACA